UCCACCUCCCGGUGCGCCCGUCCAUGGCGGCCACGGGGCAGCUGUGGCUGCUCUACCUGUCGGCGGGGCUCCUGCCCCGGCUCGGCGCCGCCUUCAACUUGGACACCCGCGAGGACAAUGUGAUCCGGAAAACGGGGGACCCCGGGAGCCUCUUCGGCUUCUCGCUGGCCAUGCACUGGCAGCUGGAGCCGGAGGACAGGCGGCUGCUGCUGGUGGGGGCCCCUCGGGCUGCGGCCCUUCCACUGCAGAGGGCCAACAGAACAGGAGGCUUGUACAGCUGUGACAUCACCUCCCCGGGACCUUGUACACGGAUUGAAUUCGAUAACGAUGCGGACCCUUCAUCAGAAAGCAAGGAAGAUCAGUGGAUGGGGGUCACCGUGCAGAGCCAAGGUCCAGGGGGCAAAGUUGUGACAUGUGCUCACCGAUAUGAAAAAAGGCAACAUGUCAAUACAAAGCAGGAAUCCCGAGAUAUCUUUGGAAGAUGUUAUGUCCUGAGUCAGAAUCUGAGGAUUGAGGAUGACAUGGAUGGAGGAGACUGGAGUUUUUGCGAUGGCCGAUUGCGAGGCCAUGAAAAAUUUGGUUCUUGCCAGCAAGGAGUAGCUGCUACUUUUACUAAAGACUUUCAUUACAUUGUGUUUGGAGCCCCGGGCACUUACAACUGGAAAGGCAUCGUUCGCGUAGAGCAAAAGAAUAAUACUUUUUUUGACAUGAACAUCUUUGAAGAUGGGCCUUAUGAAGUUGGUGGAGAGACUGACCAUGAUGAAAGUCUAGUUCCUGUUCCCGCGAACAGUUACUUAGGCUUUUCUUUAGACUCAGGAAAAGGUAUUGUUUCUAAAGACGAGAUCACUUUCGUUUCUGGUGCUCCAAGAGCCAAUCAUAGUGGAGCUGUGGUUUUGCUAAAAAGGGACACGAAGUCUGCUCAUCUCCUCCCUGAAUACAUCUUUGACGGGGAAGGUCUGGCUUCUUCAUUUGGUUAUGACGUGGCAGUGGCAGACCUUAACAAAGAUGGGUGGCAAGAUAUAAUGAUCGGAGCCCCACAGUAUUUUGAUAGAGAUGGAGAAGUUGGAGGUGCCGUGUAUGUUUACAUAAACCAGCAAGGCAGGUGGAAUAAAGUCAAGCCCAUUCGUCUUAAUGGAACCAAAGAUUCUAUGUUUGGCAUUGCAGUAAAAAAUAUUGGCGACAUUAAUCAAGACGGCUACCCAGAUAUUGCAGUUGGAGCUCCCUACGAUGAUAUGGGAAAGGUUUUUAUCUAUCACGGAUCCCCGAAUGGAAUAAAUACCAAGCCGACACAGAUUCUUGAGGGUAAAUCCCCUUAUUUUGGAUAUUCAAUUGCUGGAAAUAUGGACCUUGAUCGAAAUUCCUACCCUGAUGUUGCAGUUGGUUCCCUCUCAGACUCAGUGGCUGUGUUCAGGUCCCGGCCUGUGAUUAAUAUUCAGAAAACGGUCACUGUGACACCAAGCACAAUUGAUCUCCGCCAGAAAAUGUUCUGCGGGGCACCUAGCGGGAUAUGCCUCAAGGUGAAGGCCUGUUUUGAAUACACUGCCAAACCCACAGGUUACAAUCCUUCGAUAACCAUUUUGGGCACGCUCGAGGCUGAAAAGGAGAGAAGGAAAUCUGGGCUGUCAUCAAGAGUUCACUUUCGAAACCAAGGCUCUGAGGCCAAGUAUACGGAAGAGCUCACUUUGACCAGGCAGAAGCAGAAGGCGUGCAUAGAGGAGACCCUCUGGCUCCAGGAAAAUAUCCGAGAUAAACUGCGUCCCAUUCCCAUAAGUGCUUCGGUAGAGAUCCAAGAGCCAAACACGCGGAGGAGAGUGAAUUCACUUCCGGAAGUUCUUCCCAUUCUGAAUUCAAACGAACCCAAGACGGUUCACAGAGAUGUGCACUUCUUAAAAGAGGGAUGUGGAGACGACAAUGUAUGUAACAGCAACCUUAAACUAGAAUAUAAGUUUUGUACCCGAGAAGGAAAUCAAGACAAAUUUUCUUAUUUACCAAUUCAAAAAGGUGUACCAGAACUAGUUCUAAAAGACCAGAAGGACAUUGCUUUGGAAAUAACCGUGACCAACAGCCCUUCCGAUCCGAGGGACCCCGCAAAAGACGGAGACGACGCUCACGAAGCAAAGCUUGUGGCCACUUUCCCUGACACUCUGACUUACUCGGCAUACCGAGAACUGCGGGCUUUCCCUGAGAAGCAGCUGAGUUGUGUUGCCAAUCAAAAUGGCUCGCAAGCGGACUGUGAGCUUGGAAAUCCUUUCAAAAGAAAUUCCAGUGUGACUUUUUAUUUGAUUUUAAGCACAACCGAGGUCACCUUUGACACCACGGAUCUGGAUAUUAAUCUGAAGUUGGAAACAACAAGCAAUCAAGAUAAUUUGGCUUCAAUUACAGCUACAGCAAAAGUGGUUAUUGAACUGCUUUUAUCGGUCUCUGGAGUUGCCAAACCUUCCCAGGUGUAUUUUGGAGGUACAGUUGUUGGUGAGCAAGCAAUGAAGUCUGAAGACGAGGUGGGAAGUUUAAUAGAGUAUGAGUUCAGGGUAAUUAACUUGGGGAAACCUCUUAAAAACCUUGGCACGGCAACUUUGAACAUCCAGUGGCCAAAAGAAAUUAGCAACGGCAAAUGGUUGCUUUAUUUAGUGAAAGUAGAAUCCAAAGGAUUGGAAAAGAUUGCUUGUGAGCCACGAAAUGAAAUAAACUUCCUGAACCUAAAGGAGUCUCACAACUCAAGAAGAAAACGGGAAAUUGCUGAAAAACAGAUAGAUGAUAGCCGAAAAUUUUCGUUAUUUGCUGAAAGAAAAUAUCAAACCCUUAACUGCAGCACGAACGUGAAGUGCGUGAACAUCAGCUGCCCGCUGCGAGGGCUGGACAGCAAGGCUUCUGUUGUUCUGCGCUCAAGGUUAUGGAACAGCACGUUUCUAGAGGAAUAUUCCAAAAUGAACUACUUGGACAUUCUCGUGCGGGCUUCCAUCGAUGUGGCCGCCACUGCUGAGAACAUCAAGCUGCCAAACGCAGGCACUCAGAUUCGUGUGACUGUGUUUCCCUCCAAGACCGUCGCUCAGUAUUCAGGAAUACCGUGGUGGAUUAUCCUAGUGGCUAUCCUCGCUGGGAUCCUGAUGCUGGCUCUCUUAGUGUUUAUACUAUGGAAGUGCGGAUUCUUUAAACGCUCCAGGUACGACGAUAGCGUUCCCCGAUACCAUGCUGUGAGGAUCCGGAAGGAAGAGCGGGAGAUCAAAGAUGAAAAAUACAUCGAUAACCUUGAAAAAAAACAGUGGAUCACAAGGUGGAAUGAAAAUGAAAGCUACUCCUAAGAGGGGCCAAAAAAAGCUUCCCAGUACCCAAACUGCUCUUCCCCGCCCAACUCCGACAUCUAAGUGGACUUGCGAGACUGUUUGAUCCCUGAAUAUUAAUUUCAGACAGACUAUGCCCAGUACGAACUUGGACAGUUUUCACUGUGGACGCUGAUGUGUAGCCUGGGGCUCUCUGGUCUGGCACAGCCAAAUUUAAGACUGUUGGAAUGGAGUUUUCUUUAACUGCCUUAAUUUAACUUUCCGGGUUGCCUUUGUUUUUGGUGUGGCUGACUUGCCUGGGCCCCGGUAGGGCCUCCCCUGCGGUGCUCGCGCCCUGUACUCCCCCUAGCAUAGCUGAAGAUGGCACCGGUCACGGUCACUGCGCUGACAGGCCGGCCGCGCUCGUUGGCACUGCCUCUGCACGCCUCCCUCCCCUAGGACCGGAGAGCUGCAAGGGAGCAGUGGGCAGCACCAGACCGUGCCCUCGGGUAGCUGUGUUUCACUUCAGGGUGCUACCUUCAGUGCAAUGUGCAAUAGGUGGUGUUGCCAUCCUGCCAUCUGUCCCCAUUUCUUAGACGUGUGAACACUCCUCCCACCAGAUAACAUACAGCUUUCACCCUUCCUGCUCAGACACAGGUGCAACAGACUUGAAUGCUACUUAGACUUACUUGUAUAUGCUAUUUAUUUUUUCUUUUUUUUUUUUUUACAACCGUUUUGUCAUUGACAGCCAAAGAUUCUCCACUUUACCCUUCCAGUUGGAUUGAACAAUCAGAAUUAGAACAUGGGAGGUCAUGGGUUUGAAUUUCGUGCAAAAAAAAAAAAAAUCCUUUUGUAAGUUAUUACAUCUCCUUUCCUGACAGCCCUCACCCCCUUCUUCCAGAUCAAACUGUUUCAGAAAGAGGAGUUAACCGUGAGAUGCUCAAUUCUUAUCGGACAGCACGUAUUUUCGAGUUUAGAGCCCUGUGUGAGGUCUCCUGCACCCUUUGUGCUGUAACUUUCAGGAACUCUUGGAAAUAAUGGGUUGGUUUGCUGGACUCGGAUGCGGUGUAAGCCCUGUUGCCCACACUGUACUGUCCGGACUUGAGAGGGUUGGUGCCUAUGGUGGGUCCAGACGGAUCCAGUGCGAGACUACUGAGUAUCUGAUCCCGAAAGUCAGAACAUCACGGCUUUUAUGUUUUUAAAUGUUGGAACCAUUUAAUCGGUGAGUCAGUGUUCUGUUUUUUGUCUCCUCCCCUAUCUGUAGUCCCCCACAUUACUUUGGGACUGCGCUAACUACAGUUUUCAAUGGUUUUAAUUGUAAAAAUGAACUGGCAGAGGAGGAAAACAUUUCUAUUCAUUCAAGAGACAAUGAACAGAUAGGAAUUUGAAUUUUUAAAAAUUACUGUACUUCAAAAUGUAAAGUUAGAUGGGGAAUAAUAGCAAACAGGUGCUAAUUUGUUGGAACAAAAUUGUUGCUUUGGAGUUUUUUUUCUUUACAGAAAUUGUAUGCUCUGAAGAUACUAAGGACAUUAUUCUCAUUGUACUUUGGGACUUUCAUUCACAAAGAUGGUUUUACAAAUGAUACUUUGUUUACAAAAAUUUCUCUAAAACAGGUCAUACCAGUGUUUGAAAUCUAGGUUUCUUGUUUAGGUAGGUACCUUGUAACCAAAUGCACUGGCUUUAUAGGUUGCCACAGAGCUGAUAUUUUGAAAGUGUCUGUAUAUCUUUGUUAAAAAACAAAGAAUAUCCUAAAAGGGAAGAGGUGGAAGGCUGGUCCAACAACAAGGAACAUAGUGGUGUUCAUUGUUAAAAACGUCAUCUCAAGUCAAGUCACUGGGUCUGUUUGCAUUUGAUACAUUUUAAUACUAAGUAGCACUGUAAAAUUAUGAUUAGAAAAUACCUGUGGAUAUUUGUAUAAAAGUGUGAAAUAAAUUUUUUUAUGAAAGUGUUCAUUGCUUAGUAACAUAGCAUUAUAUAUAUGUAACGAAAAUUAUAAAUAACC